AUGGUGGAGAAGCUCAUGCAGCUUGAGGCUAAAAUGGCUGUGGACGACUUUCAAGUGCUGUUCCUUCACAGUAGGUGGUACUCAGCACAACUGGACAUACGGCAAUGUAUCCUGGACGAGGUACUGAAGUCAAAUGCCGCUCAGACUGCUCGUGCAAAGAGGAAACAGCGCAUCGUUAUCAUCUCGACGUUGCACACUGGCGGUGAUAUGAAGCAGUCCCACGAGCACCAUGACAACACCCUGCAUGUGCAGCGAGCCUCCCCCACCCUGGUCGUCAUCAUGCACUUGCCCCUGGUACCACCUACUCAGCAGCAGCUCUGUUUCGACCACUCUUGGGCAGCUCACUGGGAGUAUCUCAACAAGAUGCUGGUGAACGCCAAGAUGCAUGCUGCGUAA